AUGGAGGAGCACAGUCAGUCCAAACAACUUGUCCAGCACCCAGCAUCACAACAAGAGGAAGAAGUCGAUAGGCAGCCGCCAAACUCGAGAGGUGCUCCGGCAGUCAGACUUGAGAUGGACCUUGAUGUGAAUAUUGAGCUCAAGGGAAAGAUCAAGGGGAAUGUGACGGUGGCUAUCUUAGAAGAUGAGAAGAGACAGGACUAG